CAUCCGAACCGCGGAGCAACAUAUGAAAGACAUUCCAUGAGCAGCGCUGGUGCUGCGUCAAACUAUAAAGACAGAUAUUAGUUGGCAUAUGCUCUAAGAUAUUAGUAACAUCUACGACCUCGCGACUGAAUAUUUUGGGGGCGUUCUAACUAUCUAAAAAGCGCAAAAAACUACCUAGGACAGAGGCAGAGCUAGUCACCAAAUCAGCUGUGCAAGAGAGAUAAAAAUGACUGCACUACGAGCUAAUUUGGAAAUGCACCGUAUAUUUCAGCGGGAGUUACCUACAGCUCAAUAGGUCGAAGAUCGUCCAAUCUCAUACGUUAUCCGCUACAAUAACAACUAUCACGAGAGAUUCAUCAACGUUACGAAAACCGGUAAUAAUGGUCGUUCGCCAUCACAUUGAAGGUUACGAAAAUUUUCAAAAAUUUACUGAAACCUUUCCCAAAGAUGAAGUCGCUUACAUCUUAUUCAGUGGUAGUAAAUUACCCAAUGGUAGCAGCUGGUGUCCUGACUGCGUUGAAGCUGAACCAUUUAUUCAAAAAGGCUUACAAGUAGCACCAGCAGAAUCUCAUUUCAUUUACGUCGAGGUUGGAGAUAGAUCCUUUUGGAAGGAUCUAAAAUGUCCGUUCCGAACGGAUAAUAAAACCAACUUGAAAGUUUUACCCACUUUGGCAAGAUGGGGAACUCAGAAACGGUUAGAAGGUGAUCAGUGUUUGGAUGUUGGCCUUGUGGAGAUGUUGAUUACGGACGAAGAUGACUAGAUAAUUAAGUAACAUACUCUAAAGUAUACUGAACAGUGUUAUAUGUGAUCUUGAUUCGUCAGCUCAUCAUUUUCCUCAUAUACGUGAAAACCGAUAUUAUUCAUCGAACACUUAUCAGCUCAAGGCAAAGUGGUCAUGAAUGAUUCUUAUCUGAGGAAAACUUAAGCAAUUGAUAUUAUUGGCUUUUGCAUUGCCUUUGUAGUAUGAGAAUAAUAUUUUUAUGAUGUAAACGGUACCUUAGCCAUUAGAAAUGAACGUAAACAGCUGAUUCUAGACCCAAAUUUGAACUGGGCAUACUUCACUCGUCAGCCACUUGCCGUACUGAUUCUGCCUUUUUAAUUUGAGUAACUUAAUAUAAUCAUUUAUUGAUAACACAAACGUUCUUACAGUGUAAAAUUCAAACUUAAUCACAAUUCACCGAAAUAAGUAAAAAUAUUUAUAAAGGUUUCCGAAAAUUGAUAACAAUCGUAAGAUUUUUAACACUAAUAAAUGAGAAUAUAUAUAUAUAUAGGUAUAUAAAAAUUAUUAUUUACAACGUUUGUCAGUUACUCCUACAGUCACGAAUUCAUGUUGCGUUACAUGACAGCUAUAUGACAUUCACUAACAUCGUCAACUUAUAAUACAUGGUUCAAUUGUCGGACAAAGUCAGUGCCUCGGUAACCGUUGGCAAUGGAGGUGUAACUUGCACCAGAUAGUGGAUCUUUUUGUUUCUCAAUAUGCUGUAACUGUUGUCAAAUAUAACUGAAUCUGGAAUGGCAAAAAAGAGAAAAAACAAAAUGUCAGUUCCUUUAGCAUAAUUAUACAGAAUCGCAAUUAUAAAUUUUUAAGUUUUACUCAAUUUAUAACUCACAAGUGGCUGGGGCUUUGCAAGUAAUUACACCAACUUCAUCCAUUUCAUGAGCAGGAACUCGAUGGAGCGGAAUAACUUCAGACUGUGCUCCCUCUUCAUUUUUCUCAAUAAUUCCAAAUUUUAUAUCGUGACUUUCGGAUCUAAACUCCCAUCUGACAAACAAACGUUGUUAUUAAUUAUCGUGUAUGUUGCAGUUUUCGAAAUGCGAUAAUUCGAGAAAAGAAUUUCAGAACAAGUUUGUAGCUAGCAGAUUUGAAUUUACAGUUUAAAAAUCUAAAAACAAAUUGAAAAUAAAUCCUAGGAAAAUAUCAGUUUGAAAUUAUCAUGUCAAUUUCAAAUAACUCGUAUAUUAAACACAGAAAUAGGUAUUAGUGUUGAUCUUUCUGUUGUAAAAGCCGUCAAAUAUGUGGUAUAACGUUUUUCAGUGUUAUUGUAUACAAGUAUUUCUGAUAGUAUUUCAUGUUUCAUACCGUAAAAAGCUUCCUUCUUCCGCUGUUAAAAAGUUUAAAGUAAGUUUGUCUCCUUUUUUAAUUGUUGCCGUUUCCAGAUCUGCGUUGAGUUUUUCCUUAUCUGCUUUGCUACUGUACAUGUGCUUAGGAAUUUUACCACCUUGACAGAUCUGUUACAAUUCCAACUUAUUAUUAGCUGUAGUGAUAUACGAUGUUACAUUCUCACACAUCUUCUCAUACUUCAUACAUCAGAAUUUCAUUUUUUUCCAUGGACCAGUGAUUUUUUCUGAUUCGACCAGAAAAUGGAUGAAAUAAUGCAAUAGUAAACUAUUUUAUGAUAAAUGAAGAAACCAUUUUUAUAAAAAAAAGAGAGUAUUACCUGUGAAGAACAAAAAAUUUUCAUGAAGAAAUUUGUAAACUUCAUGCAGUAAUAAAAUUCAAGAACUCUGCUUGGUUACAAAUUAAAAGUUUUGUUCUUUUAAUUUUCAUAUUCAGUGUGAUGUAGAAUCGCAAAAUUAUAGUUCGUACAUAAACAAAUUCAAAUGAUAUACCUAACAGAAGUAUAAAAAAUAUGAUUAUUCAAAAUCCGAAAAAAUUUACGUAAGAACUGCUAAUUGGGUUUAGGAUAGUACCUAAUGACCAUAAUAAAUAAUUUAUCUAUUUUUCGAUUGCUCGUGACUGUCACGCCGACCUUACCUAUUACAGUUUCUUCUGAUAAGUACACCUGUUCAAAGUAUGGUAAGCUCUACUGUGACAUUAAUAAUAGUUUAGCCAUAUUUAAUUUAAUUUGGCUUUAAUUAUCCUAACGAAAUCUCACUGGGUGUUGAAUUUUCGUGGAAAAAAUCCUACGCAACGUUUAUACGAAUACUAUUUUCGAUAUACCGUUUAUUCGAAAUUUAUAACAAAAAAAUGUGCAGAUAUCGAUUGUCCUUGGAGCUAAAAUAAUUCUUUAAAAAGGAUGAUGUCUGGAUUGUUAUUCAUUUUUUGUGUCGUAUACUAGAAUUUCACGAUGCAUAUCUUGGACCGGAACAGUUUUUUGCUAGGAGAUAUGCACUCAUAGACCAGGUGACAAGCGAUUUGCAACAGUUUCAACCGAUUUCAAGCAAUUUUAAAGCGUCUGCUUUCCAAGGUGAUUUGCGACUUCAACAAUCGAACACUACCUUGGUUUUUUGUGUAAUAAACAUGCUAAUAUUUUUUCGACAACUUUCCAGUAUAACACCUCCCCAGUUAUGAAAAGAAGUAAUAAAAAAGAUUUGCCUUGGUAGUCAGUCUUGGAUUGCCAUCCGGGUCAGUCAGAGUUCCCCCAAAGUGUUUGGGCAAUUGAUCGGCUGAAAUGGUGCGCAGCACCGCAGGUUUCCAUUUUGCCGGAUCCGCUUUGUAAAUUUGUAUUUUUGACAGGGUGUACUCGUUGAGAAAAUUCUUAACUAUCGAAAAA